UUUUUUUUCAAACACAACAUUACAAAGUGAAGUUGAAAAUUUCGAAAUUCUCCAAUUUUUUAACGAAUUCCUCGAUGAAUUAAUAUUGAUUGCUUUGAAAGUAUUAUUUUCUUAUUCUAUUCUAAGCAGAGAUGUUGACUCACGAGAUUCUCAAGCCGUACGUAUGUUGCAUCGUGAAAGAGGCCGGAUUCCAUACAGCGGAUCACAUCGCUGUGGAAACGCUUACAGAAAUGUUUCAAAGCUUAAUCACCGAAAUUGGCAAAACGAGCCGAAUGUUCACCGAAGCUGCGGGUAGAGUUGAGCCCCUUCCAGCAGACAUAACGCUAGCAUUGAUCGACAUGGGUUUAUCGUUAAACGGUAUGGAACAGUAUGCGUUUCGAAAUAAUCGCCAUUCGAUGCCACCUCCUGCUCAAUCAACGCAAGUGAAACAGUUACAAAUGCUAGCAGCCGGUUCAAAACAACAUUUACCUCAUUACAUCCCUAAUCACUUGCCUCAGUUUCCGGAUCCUCACGCGUAUACACGCACUCCUACUCAUAAAAAACCAGUUACCGAAUACGAAGCUAUUAGAGAAAAAGCAGCCAGCCAAAAGAGAGAUUUGGAAAGAGCUUUGAAUAAAUUUAAAACCAAAACUAACGAUACCGAAAGCUUAUUUUUCAACGUUGAAAAUGAUGUGUUUCCUUUAAUUGCUACUAAAUUGCAAUCUCGUACGUAUUUAACUGCCUUAUUACCUCGAGAUCAAGUUUACGAUGAAGAAGAAGAUUUAAUCCUUCCUCCUGCAGCCAAAAAACCGAAAAACGAUAAAGAAUUACUCGAUAUGGAAGAUGACGAUGAAGAGAAUAAUUCCAAAUCAGAGGUUGAAACGAUCGAUAAUCCGUAUUUGCGACCAGUAAAAAUGUGCCCUAGAUGGAAUAGUCAAGGAAAGAAAUGAUUUUUUUUUAAAAAUGUAAAUAUUUUACGUCUGUGUUCAUAUAUCUAGGUGUUUUUCACUUCCGGGGAAGUUUUGUUUAAUUUUUGUUUUUUUAAAAUUCGAAUUAAAUACUUUUAUAGUGAAAGAAAA